UACAUUAGUACUUUUAUCGGAAGUAGAAUGGCGGUUUAUCGUUUAAGUAGGAACAGUUUGUAUGUAUUGUCUAUCCGGUUACAUUUAUAUUUAUAAUCAAUAGAUUCAUGUACAUUAUCAUUUCAUAUAAAAAAAUGUCGUGUGUAGUAAAUUUGUAAAUAAUGGAAAUGUCGUUUUCAAGAUUAAAGGAUUCAGGACCAGAGUCCGAGAAAGAUCUACCAGGAGUUAUGAGUUUUGCCUGUCUUGUUUGUCUGCGGAAAAGACUGUUCGUGUUACCAUUGAUAACAGCUAUAUGGAUUAUUGUCUCGUUUUUCAUCACGUACGCUAUUGCAGUAAGUUAUGGUCAUGUAGAACCUGAUUUUCCCUACAUAAGCCACACAGCCAGAGAUUCUCCUGAAAGAUGUGUAUUUGGACAACUAAUAAACAUUGGUGCUGUUAUGUUGGGCAUGAACGUUAUUGUUAGAUACUGGUAUUUGAAGGAAGUUUUUAGACAGAAAAAGUUUGCAGAUGAUGUUGUAUGGUGGCAGAAGUUUAACAUUGCUGGUGCUCUAAUCGGCAUUGUAUCAGCACUUGGUAUCAGUAUGGUUGCCAACUUUCAGACAGACGCACAGAAAGCAUUGCAUUACGUUGGAGCAGGACUGGCAUUUGGAUUGGGAACAGUUUAUUGUUUUGUACAAACGCGGUUGUCAUGGAAACUCAAAAGUAAUAACAUUGGCAACAGAUAUAUAGCCAUUGCACAACUGAUCAACAGUAUAGCUUUAACAGUGUUACUUGUCACUUUUGGUAUAUCUAAAAUUUUGUUCAAACUGAAGGAAAAAGAACACGGAUUCUCAGAGUCAAGGGUUAUGUUUAGAGGCGUAUACUUGUUAUCCACUAUAUCAGAAUGGUUUCUAGCCUCUGCUAUAUUAACCUUUGCUUUAACAUAUACUUGGGACUUCCGAUAUGUAGAGAUGGAGUCUCCAAAAAUAUUACUUAAAUUACCAAACAGAACAGAUACAAACCAGAAUGGUGGAACAGAAAUGACGACCCAGCAAGUAUAGGUGAAACAGUAUAGUGAUCAUAUGAAAUCCUGAUGUAAUAUGCCAUGUUUAUCACGUGCCGCUGGAUCGGUAACGGGAUCUGAAACAUCGGCUAGUACGACAAUAUUAUACCAACAGUGGCUAGCGUAUAUGCUUAUUGUGAUUGAUGUUAGAAAGUCUCCGUUUUAUAAUUCAACAUCAACAAAAACAGCAUAAUCAAAUUCUGUCUUAUCAUCAAAUACACAUAUUAGUAUAUACACAUGGAUAUACCAAAAACUUUGGUUUUAUUUGUUUUAACUUCGUUUUGUCAACUUACAUGGAAUACUCAUAUUUGUCUGCUUAAAUAACGCAUUGUUUCAUUUGACUUCCUAGAUAGCACAUUGUGUCAUUAAUCACGUGAGAUAACGCAUUGUGUCAUUUGUUUGCUAAUACAAUACAUUGUGUCAUU